AUGGGAGCAUCAUUAGGUUGCUGUGCCAAAAAGAAGAUUGAUGAUCAUGGGGCUAAUGUACUUCCUGGAGGUAGCACUUCAUGGAGGAUGUUUACAUACAAGGAAUUGCAUAUAGCAACUAAUGGUUUUAGUGAAGACAAUAAGCUCGGAGAAGGCGGAUUUGGAAGUGUCUAUUGGGGCAAAACUAGUGACGGUAUUCAAAUUGCGGUGAAAAAGUUGAAAGCAAUGAAUUCAAAAGCAGAAAUGGAAUUUGCUGUGGAAGUAGAAGUUCUUGGAAGGGUUAGGCACAAGAAUUUGUUGGGGCUUAGAGGAUAUUGUGUCGGAACUGACCAAAGGCUUAUAGUGUAUGACUAUAUGCCUAAUCUAAGCUUGCUUUCUCAUCUUCAUGGCCAAUUCAGUGGAGAUGUCCAAUUAGAUUGGAGAAGAAGAAUGAAGGUCACUAUUGGUUCAGCAGAAGGCAUACUGUACUUGCACCAUGAAGUCACACCCCACAUAAUCCACAGGGAUAUAAAAGCAAGCAAUGUACUAUUAGAUUCAGAUUUUGAGCCCUUAGUUGCAGAUUUUGGGUUUGCAAAGCUAAUUCCAGAAGGUGUAAGUCAUAUGACCACAAGAGUUAAGGGCACUUUAGGGUAUUUAGCACCUGAAUAUGCAAUGUGGGGCAAAGUAUCAGAAAGCUGUGACGUUUAUAGCUUUGGAAUUCUUUUACUUGAGAUUCUAACUGGAAAAAAACCAAUAGAGAAAUUACCUGGUGGAGUUAAACGGACAAUAACAGAAUGGGCCGAGCCGUUAAUCGUUCAAGGUAGGUUUAAAGACCUUGUUGACCCUAAACUUAGAGGAAAUUAUGAUGAAAACCAGCUUAAACAAGCUAUUAAUGUUGCUGCCUUAUGUGUGCAAAAUGAUCCGGACCGUCGCCCUAACAUGAAACAAGUUGUUAGUAUGCUUAAAGGUUAUGAUUUUAAAAACAAGGCUAUGCCCACAAGAAUUGAAAGUGUUAGAUAUAAUAAAGAAUUGCUUGCAUUAGACCAAACUAGUGACGAUGAGGAGGAGGAUGGUGGUUACCGCCGCGGUGAUGGUGAGGUUGAGGAAAGUAGUUAUGGUGUUUUUGGUGCUAUGGAAUUGCAGAAAAUGCAAGAUCCUUGCAGAAAAUUUGAGAAAAUGAAAAUGACUCAAUAUAUUUAG